AUGCAUAUCUAUCUAUCUAUCUAUCUAUCUAUCUAUCUAUUUCAGUCCAUUCAUAUCUAUCUAUCUAUCUAUCUAUCUAUCUAUCUAUCCUAUCUAUCUAUCUAUCUUAAUAGCUGGCUAGAUAUCUAUGUGUCUAUCUUUGCAUUAUACUCCAUUUGUUCUCAUUUUAUCUAUCUAUCUAUCUAUCUAUCUAUCUAUCUAUCUAUCUAUCUGUCCCUUUUAUCUAUCUAUCUAUCUAUCUAUCUAUCUAUCUAUCUAUCUAUCUAUGUUCAAAUGUUUUCCUUACCUAUCCCUAUCUAUCUAUCUAUCUAUCUAUCUAUCUAUCUAUCUAUCUGGCAGUGCUUUCAUAUAUAUCUCUAUCUUAUUCUGAUCAUGUAUAAUUCUGCAAAUCUUUUCAUCUCUCUUUCUCUCUCUCUCUCUCUCUCUCUAUCUAUCUAUCUAUCUAUCUAUCUAUCUAUCUUAGGCUCCUCUUCAUAUUCAUCUAUCUAUCUAUCUAUCUAUCUAUCUAUCUAUCUAUCUAUUUGGCAGUGCUUUAAUAUAUAUCUCUAUCUUAUUCUGAACAUGUAUAAUUCUGCAAAUCUUUUCAUCUCUCUGUUGCUUUCUAUAUCUAUCUAUCUAUCUAUCUAUCUAUCUAUCUAUCUAUUUCAGGCUAUUCAUAUCUAUCUAUCUAUCUAUCUAUCUAUCUAUCUAUCUAUCUAUCAAUUUCUUUCGUUUUUUUCUUCUUCCUUUCCGUUAUAA